AAGAAAUGCAGCAGCACCUGAUGCAGAUGCAGCCCAUGAUGGCAGCCUACUAUCCAAGCAACGUUACUACUGAUCAUAUUCAGCAGUUUUUGGAUGAGAACAAAUCCUUAAUCCUGAAGAUUGUUGAGAGUCAAAACUCAGGAAAACUGAGCGAGUGCGCAGAGAACCAAGCAAAGCUACAGAGAAAUCUAAUGUACCUUGCUGCUAUUGCUGAUUCACAACCUCAACCUCCAGCCAUGCAUUCUCAGCAGUUCCCUCCCGUUGGCAUUGUGCAGCCUGGCCCACACUACCUACAGCACCAACAAGCUCAACAGAUGACGCCACAAUCACUGAUGGCAGCACGUUCCUCCAUGCUGUAUGGCCAACAGCCAUUUUCUGCACUGCAACAGCAGCAAGCUUUGCACAGCCAGCUUGGGAUGAGUCCUGGAGGAAGCAGCGGAAUUCACAUUCUGCAAGGCGAGGCGCAUGGUGCCGGAAGCAGUGGCGUUCUUGGAGGUGGAGGCUUUCCUGACUUUGGUCGUGGCACAGCCGGGGAGGGCUUGCAAGUGGCUGCAAGGGGAAUGAGUAGUGGAAGCAAGCAUGAUUUGGGAGGUGCUAUGUCUGCUGAGGGGAGAGGUGGCAGCUCAGGAGGCCACAAUGGUGAUGCGGGUGAGACUCUUUACUUGAAAUCAGCUGAUGAUGGAAAUUAAGCUAAAAGAUGGGUAGACCUACUUGGGCGUAACACCUGGACCUAGGAACUUUUAGACAGGUGUUCAAUGGUGAAAAGGACUAGUCAAGUGACCUAGUUGUAAUUUGGUACGAAACAUGAGGUUGUAACUGUUCAGCCUUUGAUUAUCACCAAUUUAAGAAAUGAGGCUUUGCAUCUUGUGUUAGUGUAAUAUGUAAAUUGUUUAGUGCCAAUUGUCGUGUAGUACUUUAUUUUGCCUGCCAAAUCUUUUAGCAGAAGCUUUUGUUUAAUAGC